AUGUUUGAUCCACAAAAUAGUGAAAUUUUGUUACAAAAUUUAUCAUCAAAUGAUACAAAUUUACGUUUAAUGGGUAUAUCAAAUUUAAUUAAUAAUUUACAAACAGAAUCAUUUCAACUUGAUACAAAUUUUCAACAUGAAAUUGUACACAACAUUUUAAAAUUAUUAGAAGAUACUAAUAGUGAAAUAAAAAUGAAAGCUGUACAAUCUAUUAGUCCAUUGUUGUACAAAUUAAAUGGACAAUCAUUAAACAUAAUAAGUAGUGUAUUCUGCAAAAAUUUUCUCAAUGCAGCUUAUGAUGAAACAGAUUUACGUAAUACAAUAAUUAUGUCUUUGAAAAUAAUGUUUGAUGAAUUUUUGCAAAGAAAUCAAGUCGAUCAUAUUUGUAAUCCCUCGAACGUGAUCAUGAACCAUUUAAUAACAAGUAUUCUUGAUUAUACAAAAUCAAAAAUAAGACGAACACGAUUCAAAUUAGACCAAUGUGGUGGUGGAGUUUUAGAUAUUUUGGAUAUUAUUAUUGAUGUUCUUUCGAAAGAAAACGCACAAUACAAGUUCUAUCUUAUACAUAUACCACUAUCCACAUUAGUAAAAAAAAAUUUAAUGUCGCCACGUGAAGCAAUUAAGAGACGAAUAAUAUCCUUAUACAAUCAAAUACCAUGCAUUAAGUAUAAAGAAUGCGAAUGCUUCGGUAAAUAUGUGGAAAUGAUGGAAAAUUAA